AUGGCCUUGGUUCCUGGGCUUCAUCUGUCGACGGCUAAGGGCAGACGCCCGUCGGCGCCCGACGAGGACGCGAGCGAGUGGUCGAUGACGACGCCGUUGAAGAGCAGACGCCCGUCGGUGUCGAACCAGUACGACUCGGCGAGCUACUGGGACUCGAUAGCCAGCCGCAGAACCUCGGCCAACAGCGACGGCGACAGUCUCGCAUCCUUCGGGCUGACGGACGACGGGGCCUCGGACUUCCAGGCGGCCGACGCCUGCGAGCCCGACGCGGCGCACCACAGCGAGCCGCCCUCGCCCUUUGACAGCAUGCUGUUGAACAAGCAGCUCGCCGUGCUGCAGGACGGGGCGCUGACGCUCAGGGUGGCCCAGGCGCGGGGGACCCGCGCGGCGGACACGGCCUCGCCGUUCGACGGCCAGCCGCCGAGGACGUCGCCCGGGCUCGCCAUGAUGCUGCAGGGGGCCGACCGCGGCCGCGCGGCAUGGCAGCGGGAGGCCGGCGCCUGCAGGCCCGCCGCGGGGGACGACCCCGAGCCCAGCUCGCCGCUCGGCAGCAUGCUGCUGAGGGCCAAGCGCCGGAACUCGUUCUCCCAGGUCGGAGGCCUCGUCCUCGCCGCGUGA